CUCCUCGUCUUCUUCUCUUCGAGCUCAGCUGCUCCACCUCCAUUUCAAAUCUCGAGCGACGCGACAUGGCGGAGCUGCCGCUGGCGGCGGGGAUGCUGGAGCUGAGGGCCUGCAAGCUCGCCCCUCCGCCGCCGCCCCCGCCGCUGCCCGCCUUCCCGCGCCGCCGCCCGCCACACUCGGCCGCCUGCCGCGCCGCCGUCCCGGACAUCCACUCCUCCACCGAGCUGGCGGACGGGAGCGUCGUGUUCCGCUUCGCCCAUCCCCGCGAGGAGGAGGAGGGCAGCGGCGCGGACGCUGCCGGGGCUGCUGCCGCGGCGGAAGCCGGUGUCGGGGUCGUCGACGCUGACGGCGCCGCUGCGACUGCGGCCCAGGGUGCUGCUACUGGUGGUGGAGAGGAGGCGACGGCGACCGCGACGGGUUUGGGCACGGAGGAGGCGGCGAGUGGAGGAGCGGAGGCGACGGGGACCUCCGGUCUGGAGGAUGCAGAGGAGGCCUCCGAUGGCUCCACCGCGCAGGAUUUCGACACCGACGUCGACAGCGAGUCGAGCGCCUCCAGCGCCGACGACCAGGCGCCGGAGUUCGCGGUCCCCAGCCACAUCCCACCCGCGGAUGAAGGCUGUAACAAGGAUGAUUGGGAAAAGCACACUUCGGAGGUUAAGAAUAUUGAUAGGAUGGUUCCACUAGCUGCAUCAACGCUUGUGUUGGCAUCAGGUGCUGCGAUCUUGCCUCAUCCUUCUAAGGUAGCAACAGGUGGAGAAGAUGCCUAUUUUAUUGCGUGUAAUGGCUGGUUUGGUGUGGCCGAUGGAGUUGGCCAGUGGUCAUUUGAAGGUAUCAAUGCUGGGCUUUAUGCAAGGGAGCUAAUGGACGGUUGUAAAAAGUUCAUUAUGGAGAACCAAGGAGCUCCAGAUCUUAAACCUGAACAAAUUCUUUCGAAGGCUGCAGAUGAAGCACGCUCUCCUGGUUCUUCCACUGUUUUGGUUGCUCACUUUGAUGGCCAGAUCCUUAAUGCAUCAAAUAUUGGAGACUCUGGAUUUCUGGUGAUAAGAAAUGGAGAAGUGUACCAAAAAUCAAAACCAAUGGUUUAUGGUUUCAAUUUUCCACUGCAAAUUGAGAAAGGCGAUGACCCCUUAAAACUUGUACAGAAUUAUACAAUUGAUCUUGAGGAAGGUGAUGUCAUUGUAACAGCAAGCGAUGGCCUUUUUGACAACAUUUACGAGCAAGAAGUAGCCACCCUCGUCUCAAAAUCUUUACAAGCUGAUCUGAAACCAAUGGAGAUCGCUGAGCACCUGGCUGCCAAGGCACAGGAAGUGGGGAGAUCUGCAGCAGGAAGCACCCCAUUCUCAGAUGCUGCUCUCGCAGUGGGUUACCUGGGUUUCAGUGGGGGCAAACUGGAUGACAUAGCCGUCGUCGUAUCCAUCGUCAGGAAAUCCGAAAUCUAAAGGCAUCCACGAUCCAUGAUGAUCCCCUCUCAAGUUUGGUUGAAGCUGCACUACUAACAAGGUGAACCACACCCAUCAAUAUAUUGUACCACCAAAAGUGCAGUUGAUGAGAAUGGUGCUUCCCCCCAAAAGGCUAUAUAUGACACCAUGCCUGAUGAGCAAGAGGCCAUUGACCGGUGUAAGUAUCUGUGAGCCAAAUUGCUCGCUGUUUUUGGGCUAAUUUAGCAUUGGAAAGUAAUAUUAUGAUCCUUAGCUCGAGUUGUAAAACCGGUGGAAGAAAUCUGCCGUGUGCGCGAGACAACCGUGCGUAGGAAAGGAACAUAUACAUGAAUUGUUACUCAUGUUACAUGAGUACCAUUGAUUGCAACUAUGUGACAUGAACUGGAAA